AUGAGUAGUGCAAUAUGCAAUUUCUGGUUCAUAUAUAUUGCGAUUUCCUUUCUAAUAUUAGACAAAAGUGACGCAGCAGAAUUAUCAGAUCAAUUUAUACCGACGGCAAAGCCUAAUUGCCAACAGUUCUGCGGAGAUGUGAGCAUCCCAUACCCUUUUGGGAUCGGACCUGAUAAAGACUGUUACUUCAACAACUGGUAUCAAAUAGACUGCAACGAGUUUACCAAAUACAAGCCUGUCUUGAGGCUUACCGGACUGGAGGUUCUGAGCAUUUCUAUCGAUGGCACGCUUCGUGUUAACAACCCUGUUACUUUCUAUGGCCUCAAAGAAAAGGAGAUUGGUGGGUGCAUGUCAACAUGUGAUGAUCACACAACUGCUAGCUGCGUCGGUAUCAACUGUUGCCAGGUUAUACUUCCCCCAUAUCUCACUGCAAUUGCUACUGAGAUCAUACAAUAUGAAGAUAUAUCCACAGGUCACAACUAUGCCUUCCUCAUCGAGCAGGAAUGGUUCUUGAAUAAUUUUUCGAGCUUUCGAGCUAUACAUAAUGUGAAGAGCGUCCCAGUGGUGCUGGAUUGGAGCUUCGUUUUAGAAAAUAAUAGUUCAUUGUUCAAAACUUUUGAACGAUUCAUUGCUAACACUUAUCCGAUCAGUCUUGACGUCUCAGCAUCCUUUCAUAUAAAUUGGGCUGCACUUGCCUCCAUGGACGAGCAUGGCUCAACACCCUAUUGCAGAAAAUAUGACGCCACCACUUCUUCGGCAAAUAACAUGUCAAUGCUUCAAUGUUCCUGUCCGGCUGGCUUUCAAGGAAAUCCUUAUCUUCUCCAACCUUGUCAAGAUGUUGAUGAAUGCCAGGACCCUGAUCAAUGUAAAGGUACCUCUCCUGGUAUAUGGCAAUCUAUGGACGCUAAAUGUCAAAAUUUUGUUGGAGGGUAUGAAUGCUACUCAAACAUAACGAGUUAUGCAUGCAAGUAUUAUGCAAGUGGUGGUUCUUUGUGCUACUCGUACAAAAGUAGAAAGCCUCGGACCUCUAGAAUCAAACCUAUUAUUUCUGGUGUGGGACUAUUCUUACUACUCAUCGGUGUAUGGUGCCUAUUGCAAGUCAGAAAGAAAAGAAAAAACAUUCAGUGCAAGGCAAUGUUUUUCAAACGAAAUGGUGGUUUACUGCUGGAACAACAAUUAUCCUCAAGUGAUUUUAAUAUUGAGAAAAUCAAGUUGUUCAAAUUCAAGGAGCUAGAGAAGUCCACCGAUAAUUUCAAUAUUGAUAGAGUUGUUGGCCGAGGUGGUCAAGGUACUGUUUAUAAAGGUAUGCUUGCAGAUGGAAGAAUCGUUGCGAUAAAAAAGUCUGAGAUAGUUGAUGAAGAAAAACGAUCAGAAUUCAUUAAUGAACUUGUCAUUCUAUCUCAAAUCAACCACAGAAAUGUGGUUAGAGUAUUGGGUUGUUGUUUGGAGACUGAGGUUCCUUUUUUGGUUUAUGAAUUCAUACCAAAUGGAACUCUAUCGCAGUAUAUCGCAGAGCAGAUCAAAGAGUUUCAACUUACAUGGAAAAUGCGCCUACAAAUUGCCACAGAAAUUGCAGGUGCUCUUUCAUACUUACACUCUGCAGCUUCAUUUCCCAUUUAUCAUAGAGACAUCAAGUCUACAAAUAUAUUGUUAGAUGAAAAGUAUAGUGCAAAACUUGUCGACUUUGGAACUUCAAAACUAGUUUCUGUCGAUCGGACUCAUAUGACUACACUUCUACGAGGCACAUGUGGCUAUUUGGACCCUGAAUACUUCCAAUCAAAUCAGUUUACAGACAAAAGUGAUGUCUAUAGUUUUGGAGUCGUUCUUGUCGAGCUCUUGACUGGGCAAAACCCAAUUUCGACAAAGAAAAGAUCACAAUUAAAGGAGUAUAAAAGUUUGACAACAUAUUUCAUUAAUGCAAUCGAAGAAGAUCGUCUUUUUGAAGUUGUUGAUCCUCAGGUUUCCAGACAUGAAUCUAGAAGAGAGAUUAUGAUAGUUGCUCAGCUUGCAAAGAGAUGCUUGAAUUUGAAAGGAAAGAAACGUCCUACAAUGAGAGAGGUGACAACAGAGUUGGAGGCCAUCCAAUUCCAAAUGUCCAAGAAUAACUUCUAA